UCUCUUUCUUUGCAGGAUACGCACACUUUGCAGCAGCUGUUGCGCAGGGAAUCGCUCCAGAAGCCGAGACAAUGAAGCUGUUGGAGAACUCAAGUUUUGAAGCAAUAAACUCCCAGCUGACGGUGGAGACGGGAGAUGCUCACAUCAUCGGCAGGAUCGAGAGCUACUCGUGCAAGAUGGCUGGCGAUGACAAGCACAUGUUCAAGCAGUUCUGCCAGGAAGGCCAGCCGCACGUCCUGGAGGCCCUGUCGCCUCCUCAGACCACGGGGAUCAGCCCCAGCAGGCUCAGUAAAAGUCAGAGCGGUGAUGAGGAGGGACCCCUGAGCGACAAGUGCAGCCGCAAGACCCUCUUCUACCUGAUCGCAACGCUCAACGAGUCCUUCCGCCCAGACUACGACUUCAGCGCUGCCAAGAGCCACGAGUUCAGCCGGGAGCCGAGCCUCAACUGGGUGGUGAACGCUGUCAACUGCAGCCUCUUCUCUGCCGUUCGGGAAGAUUUCAACGCCCUGAAGCCACACCUGUGGGAUGCUGUCGAUGAGGAGAUCUGUCUUUCAGAGUGUGACAUCUACAGCUACAACCCCGACCUGGAUUCGGACCCCUUUGGAGAGGACGGCAGCCUCUGGUCCUUCAACUACUUCUUUUACAACAAGAGGCUGAAGAGGAUUGUCUUUUUUACCUGUCGUUCCAUCAGCGGGUACGCGUACACGCGCUCGGAAGCUGGCAAUGAGCUGGACAUGGAUCUUGGUGAAGAGGACGCGGAGGAGAACAGGGAUGCCGGCGACACCGAGAGCGGCAGCAUCGAGGAGGACAGGUUGCAAGUUAUUUGCAUGUGAGUUUCCAGAACCGCUCCGAGGUGCCUGGCAGCCCUGCCGAACCUCCCUUCUGCCUGCGUCCCGCCGACGAGGCAGCCCCGAGCUCCCGAACUGCCCCUGCCCGGCGGCUGCGGCGUCGCUCUGCCCGACACAUACACUGGAGUACCCCAGGCAUCUUGGAGCACGACGGACUGAAAGCGGCUGCGGCCUCCUGGCCGAAGACGCGUCCCCUCGCUCUGGUGCUGCCGGCCAACCUCCCCUUUCCCUUUGCCCGCGGCUGCUGCGGCGCGGGCCGGGGCUCGCCGGACAGCUGUGUGGGAGCUCCGAGAAGCUUUGCUGCACUUUAUCGCUGAUCUCGUUGGCUGCACUGACCUGCAAACUCCUCGUGGCGCUGAAGCCGGGCUGGAUCUCCCUCGAGCACUUUUCUGUACUGGUUGUGACCCAGCGAACGCCGUCCGUCCACAGCACCAGCAGCAGCGGAGGGACGCCUCUGCCCGGCCUCCCCCGGAAGCAGCGUUUGUUGAACUCCCCACGAACUGUCCUCAGCUCCUUCCCCGGAGAAGAGUCCGUUUGUUUCAAAGAGGUUUGCUUUGCUCUUGCCCUCCCACAGUGGUUUUCUCUGG